AUGGAAAGCGACGAAAUUGACAAGGCUCAAUCUGCCUAAGAGGAACCAGACACUAUCUUUGAUAAAAUUAUCAGAAAGGAAAUUCCAGCCAAUAUUAUCUACGAGGAUGAUUAGGCUUUGGCAUUCAGAGAUGUCAACCCUGUUGCCCCAACUCAUUUCCUGGUCAUUCCCAAGGAGAGAAAAGGUCUCACUGGCCUCAGAAGAGCAGUUAAGUCUCACACCAACAUCUUGGGUCACCUAUUGCUUAUUGCGAGUCAAGUUGCUAUUUAGGAAAAGCUUGAUGAGGGGUAUAGAGUAAUAAUCAAUGAUGGAAAACAUGGAGGCUAAUCUGUGUAUCAUUUACAUUUGCAUGUUAUUGGUGGCAAGCAACUUUCAUGGCCACCAGGUGUCUGA